AUGACUUUAGAAACUAGCCCGACGUUUCUUCAGUCACUUCUGGCGGGUGGUAUUGCAGGGACCUCUGUAGACCUUCUCUUUUUUCCAAUAGAUACCAUCAAGACGAGGCUUCAAUCGUCGCAAGGGUUCAGGGCAGCUGGUGGGUUCUCUGGGGUGUAUAAGGGUGUUGGAAGUGUUGGGGUGGGCAGUGCUCCGGGAGCUGCUGCAUUUUUUUCGACUUAUGAAGCAAUGAAGAAUGCGCUUCCUCUUUCUGAGGGACUCGCACCCGUGAAGCACAUGGUAGCAGCGUCCGUGGCGGAAGUUGCUGCCUGCUUAAUUCGCGUACCAACAGAAGUCAUCAAGACACGGAUGCAGACGUCGACGUACGGUGCGCAGGGCGCUUCAUCCUUCUCGGCGGCCAAACUCGUCUUGUCGAACAAUGGAUUGAGAGGGUUUUACAGGGGAUUUGGCAUAACAGUCAUGCGAGAAAUCCCAUUCACAUCGCUGCAAUUCCCGUUGUAUGAAUUCUUGAAACUUCAGCUGUCGCGAAAGCUCAAUCGCAAACCGCUGUACGCUCAUGAAGCAGCCAUUUGCGGAAGUAUCGCUGGUGGAGUGGCAGCAGCACUGACGACACCUUUAGAUGUUCUCAAAACCCGAGUCAUGCUUGACACACGGGACGCCACCAAGUCAAAACUUCCCUCUUUACUAACCAGGUUUAGGAAAAUCUAUGUCACAGAGGGACCAAAAGCGCUGUUUGCAGGUGUAGUACCACGGACGCUUUGGAUAUCCGCUGGUGGUGCCGUAUUCUUAGGGGUCUACGAAUGGGCCGUGCACGGCCUUAUGGGCCUGUGA